AUGGAGAUCGCGAGCACGGCAAUCAGCGUGAUUGGAUUGGCGUCUCUCUUCAGCACUUGCAUCGAAACACUUGACAUACUUUCAUCCGCAGCAAGAUAUGGCAUCAACCGAGAGAUCCUGCAAACAAGGAUAGAAGUCGAGCGACUCCGACUUAAAGUCUGGGGAGAGUCUGUCGGGCUCGCUGAGAUUAACCCCGAGAGCGAAGAGAGUGAGAUCACUGAAAAUGAUCUCGCCAUUUUGGACGAGUCCAUUCGGAGCAACACGUUGCGUCCAGCUGUGGCAGGUUUAUUGACUUGCUUUGCGCACUAUUUUGAGGACAUAGAAGAGCUACAGAAACGAUACGGCCUUGCUCCCCGACAGAGCCCCGCUCCGGGUAAGGCCCCAACAAGGGGAACGCUACUAUCCAAGUUCCAGAAAGCAUACUUGCGAUUCCAAGAGCGGACAUCGGAGGCCCAGAAAAAGACAUCACCAUUGAAGAAAGCUGUGUGGGCCGUGACAGAUGAACGCAAAUUCAGAGCUCUCCUUACCGAGAUCAAGGCCAUCAAUGAUUCUUUGGUAUCAUUGCUGCCGGCUAUUGGAGAAAAGGUAAGGGUUCGGAUGCGUUCCGAAAUCAUGAAGAACAAAGAUGUUGGCCAGCUCCAAAAUAUUGUAAACGCUGCGGAUGAUAUUACGGGCCUCAUUGCGGAGACAGCUAGCUUGAGAUUGGACAUACUGUCUGCAUCYGACCGACGCCAGACCAGGUCUCAGGCUCUAGAGCUUCCGCGGGCAAAGACCCUUACGCCGAAGGCAACUCCGGCGACUGCACCCCCACCCCCACCAGCUCCCGAGCCCAAGUCCGUGGUGGAAAGUUUGAUUACUGCAUCUCUCGAUGCUACUCCGAGCUCUAUCUCCGCGCCUCCAGGAUCGUUAGAUGAUUCAUAUGAUGAUUCCGGGGCACUCAUUAUCCACAUAGCAUAUUACAAAGAGGAAUGCUUUAGGUGCUUCUCGUGGGUUGUUGGUUCGGGUGAAAGCCCAGAGAUACGAUCACAAAGGCAACCAUUGUCUCACCCCAUUUUUGAAGAGUUUCAAUUUUUCCCGGAGGCUGUUUUGAGCAUUGCAGACGAUUUGCUGGAGGCUGAUGUUGCGGGAGACAAGAAAUAUGCUGGAUGGUCACCCGGAUCUACCUCCCUAACCGGUUUCGCUAGGGAGAUAUCGUUGUGGCAGAUGGCGCAUAGUAUUCGUAAAAAGGAUGAGCUGAGGUGGUCCCGAACAAAGACAAAGCCACUUUCUUCGCAAUUUGUGGACCAGAGAUGGAGGGAGAUAGUCAAGAAUGGCCUCGGAGAGGACUUCACAGACAAAAAAGGAUAUGAAAGACUGCGGGAACUUAUUGGUCCCGCCGAACACACAUGGCUCGACCCGGAUGAAAACAUCAAGCUACGGCACCAGAUCACAGACCUCCUCGGAGCCAUAAGCAGCUCCAUGCUGCCCAACCUUGAAGAAGUCGGUAGUAUGAGUCUUGUGGCAUACCGUGAGAAGCUUGACCCAGAUUCGAAAUACUGCUUCGUGGAUUUCAUGCGCCAACUUCUUCUAGCGCGAGAAGCAAACCUGCGCAUCCAGCGAGCCGAGCGAAGGUGGUACGGCGGAAUCACCAACCGAGUCAUCUACGACAUGGUGGCAGCUGACUUAUUCGCAAGACAUAUGGAGCUCAAAGAUGGUCCUGAACAAGGCUAUACGCCCUCCCCCCGUGUAGUUAAGCAACAGCUUGAUGGUGUUAUCAAAUUUGCGGAUGAGAUGCAAUGGCCAUUUGCAGACGAGAUUCGACAAGCAGCAAUAAAGCUUCAAAACACGAAGGUCGGUGAAAUGAACAUUGAUUUGCGUGUUAGUGACUGGAUAUGCGGCUGGGUUCUCCCCGGUGGGACAUUCUCGAUGAUACUUGUUGCGGUGUUAUACAACCUUUCGUCAACACUACGAGGCCACUUGCCUGUCGGAGCUAUUCAGAUCAAACUAGGCUGCUUUGGCAUAGCUUUUCCGAAUGUCUCCUACUGGGGUGUUCGCUCAGUAUUGGGCAAGGUUUUGGCACCACUUGCCCUUGAUUCAGAAUCGGGUCACUCUCAGGUCCGGUGUCUGGGUGGGUGGGUCGGGCCAUGUCCUUCGGUCUCUCUUCCUGAUUGUGCCUUUGGUAGACUGGUCAUGCUGUCAGGCCACGCACCUCCAUCUGUGGAUAGCCAAGACAAAGAAACGACAAAACACAAGAAUAUGCCAGGAGAUGGUGCUGCAUGGUCACUACCAACACCGCCCGAGUUGUCCACUGACACAGCUGUACUCCAAACUGUUCGCCUCUCAAAGGCGCCACCAAGCCCCGAGACAAUGGCAAGGGAUGCAGAAAGCUUCAGUGCGCGGCUUGAUUUCCGCCUAACCCGCAGUCGGACCUUGGCGACAUUCACACUCUACACAAACAGCGUGUUCAUCGCUGCUCCUCCGUGUCAGGGCACACACAGAGUAGACCCACAUGCCUCCGAGAAAUACACUUUCACAGUACGAGGGGUGGAGGAGUUGGCACAGAUUUCAAGGAAAGGUGGUAGACCCGCAAAAAUGGCCAUUCUGGUCGUCAAUGCUACCGGUGGCCCAGCCAGCGAGGUAUUUGCACGGGCAUGGUGCUGUCAUACAGGAACCAAUGCAGUGAUAUGGAAGCGUCAGGGAGGAACGUGUUGUUUCAAGUGUGCACUGAUGGUAGCAUCCACAGACGGACUGGCGAUGGGGGUGUUGAUUGCUACAUGA